GCAAGAUUUAGACAAAAAAAAAAAAAGUAAAAGACGCCGCAAGCAAAAAAAGAAGAGCGAGAGAGUGGGCGGAGGGAGGUAGCGUUCGAAAAGCUGAAAACCCUAAUGCUGAUGCAAGAUAAAGUUUCAGAGUAACGAAUUCCAAUUCCCACUUCAUCAUGACGAUUCAUUCUGCAGUGAUUCAGAAGCUGCUGAGCACCAAUGCCCACAUCGGUCGUCAAGUCGCCACUCAUCAUUUCAAAGACUACACUUACGGUUUCCGCAACCGAAUGGCCAUUAUCGAUUCCGACAAGACCUUAAUCUGCAUGCGUAGUGCCUUCAACUUCAUCUCUUCCCUCGCUCGCCAAAACGGUCGCUUCAUGUUCAUCAACACCAACCCUCUCUUCGACGAAAUCUUCGAGCUCAUGACCAAAAAAGUUGACUGCUAUAGUCCUUCUUCCAAUUCUCUCUGGCGCACUGGUGGAUUCCUCACUAACAGUAAUAGCCCUAAGAAGUUUCGCUCUCGUAACAAGAAGCUCUGCUUCGGUCCCACGCAGCCUCCUGAUUGCAUCGUUAUUGUUGACACUGAGAGUAAGUCUUCUGUUAUCGACGAGGCUUACAAACUUCAGAUUCCGAUUGUGGCGCUCGUUGAUUCUGCCAUGCCGCUUCAUACUUUCAGCCGCAUUGCUUAUCCUAUUCCUGUUAAUCCCUCUGUUCAAUUUGUCUAUCUCUUCUGUAAUUUGAUUACCAAAACACUGCUUCUCGAGAAAAAGAACUUGCAGCUCUCUAAUCCCAAAAUUGAUCUUAGAGAAGAAGCUAUCAGAAUUGAAGAUAAGAAGCGGAAGAAUAAAUUGGCGAAGGUUGGCUUCACUGUUAUCCCCUACGAUGAUUUGGCACCCUUACCUGAAGAUAUAGAAGAAACUAAAAAACUUUUGGACAAGCUUGUUGUUUUGAAGGUCAAUCAUGCCUCGGGAAGUAACAUGGGUUUUGAAAACCCCAAAUCUGCAAUAGAUAUUGGUGAUGGAAAGACAUUUCUUGACUUGAUUGUUAACCAGAUUGAGACCCUCAACUCCAAGUAUGGAUGCCAGGUUCCAUUGUUUAUUUUUAACAAAGAUGACACUCACGAUAGUACUUUAAAGGUUUUAGAAAAGUAUUCGGAAUCAAGCAUUGAUGUGCACACUUUUAAGCAGGGUGAACAUCCAGAGUUAACAUUAUCAGGCGAACAUGGCAGCAAAGAGGAAGUGCAAACAUUUGACGACGGUGAUAUAUUUCGUUCACUAAAGAUAGAUGGAACCCUUGAUUUAUUAUUGUCACAGGGAAAGGAGUAUAUCCUUGUGAUGAAGUCAGACAAUGUGGCUACUAUCGUUGAUCCAAAUAUUUUAAGUCAUUUGAUGACAAAUACUAUUGAUUAUUGCAUGGAGGUGACACCAAGCCAUUCAUCUAAUUUGAUCUUAACUCCAAUGAAUUUUAAGCUUCAGGAGAUUGCUCAAAACCAAGAUAAACACUUGAAGGACAAAUUCAAACUCAUAGAUACAACAAACAUGUGGGUGAGUUUAAGAGCCAUUAAGAGACUGAUUGAUACUAAUAGACUAAAGCCCAAGAAGCCCUCAGUUUUGAAGGGGAGUGACAAUGAUCAAACUCUUCGGCAAGAAACCGUUGCUGAAUCGGCAGUACAGUUCUUUGAUAAUGUAAUUGGUGUCUCAACAUCCGAAUCUCGUUUUCUUCCCUUGGACGCAACCUCGGAUUUACUGCUUCUACAGUCAGAUCUAUACACUUAUAAAGAAGGUGUUUUAACUCGUAAUCCUGCUAGAACCAACCCUUUAAAUCCUGUGAUUGACUUGGGACCGGAAUUUGCAAAGAUUGGUGAUUUCCAAAGUCGAUUCAAAUCCAUUCCAAGUAUCAUCGGGUUGGAUAGUUUGGUAGUGAGAGGUGACGUGUGGUUUGGAUCUAAUAUUACUUUAAAGGGACAAGUGACUAUUGCUGCAAAUCCUGGCUCAAAAUUGGAAAUUCCAGAAGGGGUAGUGAUUGAGAAUAAGGAGAUCAACGACCCUGCAGAUAUCUAAGGAUGAAUGUCAUGGAAGUUGAUGAUAUUUGGUUCUAGCAAAUAUGUGAACUACCGAAGCUUUGCUUUGAUGGUGCAAUACAAUUUAUGUCACAUUUGCAGCUGUCCAUCUGUUAGCUUUUCUUUUUACCCCGGUCCAAACGGCUGCAGAAGCAAAUAAUUUCGGACACAUUAUUUUUUCAACUGUUGUGGUGGUAAUGAAAUAAUUGACACCAUCCAUUUAAUUAAUCUUGUAGGGUUGUAGCUUUAGCUUUUAGAGCAAGGCUUGAUGUCUGAGAUAAUAAAGAAUAGAAAAUCAUUAGUUUUGGUAUUUUUUUUACCCCAAUACUAGAGUCACACCAAUUGUUUACUCUACCAAAGUGUUGGAGCCGAGCAUGCAUUUUUUUAAGCGAAUUGAAGGCAUGCAUAUUUGUUGUUGGCUAACAUAUACUACACAAGUUACUGUUUUGUUAUUCAUGUCUCCAAGCAAUAUCAUAAUGUUUUCACGAACA